UUACAGGUUGAAGAUAAAAGGGUGAAAGCCCAGAUUUGGGACACGGCUGGCCAAGAGCGCUAUCGUGCGAUCACUUCAGCUUAUUACCGAGGUGCAGUCGGCGCGUUGCUGGUCUACGAUAUCGCCAAGCAUAUUACUUACGAGAAUGUUGAACGAUGGCUCAAGGAACUGCGAGAUCAUGCCGAGCAGAAUAUUGUGAUCAUGUUGGUUGGUAACAAGAGUGAUCUUCGUCACCUACGAGCCGUACCAACCGAUGAAGCGAAACUUUUCGCUGAACGGAAUCACAUUUCGUUCAUUGAAACCUCAGCGUUGGAUUCAACAAAUGUUGAGAGUGCGUUCACUACGAUUCUAACUGAGAUUUACAAAAUUGCUUCAACGAAACAAAUCAAAGACGCUGGCACUCCAAUGGCAUCGCUCACGUCGAAUCGAAUCGUGAUCUCGUCAACGGUCGAUCAACGCAAAAAGAAACAACAGUGCUGUUCUGGACAAACAAAUUGA